CCUCACCUGGCAGCCGACAACCUGGAGCUGAUCAGGGACGACGACGGGAACAACCUGCUCCACAUCUCGGCCUCCCAGGGCCACGCCGACUGCCUGCAGCACCUCACCUCCCUGAUGGGGGAGGACGGCCUGAACGAACGCAACAGCCAGCAGCUCACGCCGGCCGGCCUCGGCGUCAAGAACGGCCAUCUGGAGUGUGUGCGGUGGAUGGUGAGUGAAACCGAAGCCAUAGCCGAGCUGAGCUGCACCAGAGAGCAUCCCAGCCUGAUCCACUACGCUGCCCGCUACGGACAGGAGAAGGUUCUGCUGUGGCUGCUCCAGUUCAUGCAGGAACAGGCCAUUUCUCUGGACGAGGUCGACCAGAACGGAAACACGGCGGUUCACGUGGCAGCGCAGUACGGACACCUCACCUGUAUACAGACCCUGGUGGAGUACGGCUCCAACGUGACGGUGCAGAACCAGCAGGCCGAGCGUCCGUCCCAGAGCGCCGAGCGCCAGGGCCACACCACCUGCGCCCGCUACCUGGUCGUCGUGGAGACCUGCAUGUCGCUGGCGUCGCAGGUCGUCAAGCUCACCAAACAGCUCAACGAACAGGCAGCAGAGAGGAUGACUCUGCAGAAACAGAUGCAGAGACUGAUGGACCCCAACAAGGCCGAGGGAACCCCCAACAGGUCGCCAAGCUCCCACCAGCCCUCGGUGGAGGCGUGGCCGGAGAUGAUGCUGACGGCGGAGGGGACUCCCGGCGACGGCCACUGGCUGGUCCGGCAGGGCGGCGUCGGUCCGGACUCGGUUCUGAGGCAGCUGCUGGGGAAGGACGCGUCGGAGCCGCUGUGCCCCAGAGAGAGGCUCCCUCCGGCGGGCAGCCUGAGCCGGGACGGCCCCCCCGGAGGCCGGAGGACGGGGCUGGUGGAGCGGCGGGAGCUGAAGCUGGCCCGGCUCAAGCAGAUCAUGCAGCGCUCGCUCAGCGAGUCCGACUCGGACGGGUACCCGCCCGAGGAAGGUAAGAGCCACGGAGCCCCGCCCCCUGGCGGCACACUGCGACCCGAUAGGCCGUCCAACCUGCCGAUCGCGGAGGAGGAGCCGGCGUCCAACCACCUGCAGCUGAUGAUGAGGAAGCACCUCCCCUCCUCCGCCUCCGCCUCCACGGCCGACAGGAAGCUGGCCUUCUCGCUCAGCGGGUCCAAGUCGGUGGACAGCGUCGGCUACAACCCGUCGCCCACCUCCAGCGACCCCGAGGCCGCCGACGGGAAGACGCCGGACGCCGCCGACCCCCACGACGCCGCCAACGGCCAGAAGGUGGCGACGAGCCCCAAGAGCGCCCUGAAGUCGCCGUCGUCUCGCAGGAAGACGUCCCAGAACCUGAAGCUGAGGGUCACCUUCGACGAGCAGGUCCACAAGAGCUCCAACCAGGAGGCGGAGCCGAGCAGAGCGCCGGCCAAGGAAAGGACUCCGACAGGAAGCUCCGAGGGCAAGAGGUUCGGCACGUUCCGCUCCAUCAUGGAGACGCUGAGCGGCAACUCGAACCACAACAACAACAGCAGCAGCCAGGCGGCCGCCAAGCCGUCCGGCUGCCAGAACUCACCCGGCAGGAAGUCGGACAGCAAGAGCAGCCCAGGGGGCGGAGCCAAGGGCAGCCCGGGGGGUGGGGCCAAAGGCAGCCCGGGGGGCGGGGCCAAGGGCAAGAGCAGAACCAGUAACGUUUAAGUGCCUCCUGACGGCAGCGAGCAGGAAACGGCUGAACGCACAAGAAGACGGAGUUUACUGAAGAUGAAGCAUCUCUACAGGAAGUGAAGGUUUUUGUCCUCGACUUGGUUUCUCUGUUUACAUCGACUUCCUCCUUCCUCUGGGUUCCGUCUGACCCACAUUCACACGUUAACGGACGCUGAUCGCUCCGUGUUUACUGAACAUAACCGUGUUCUGACCAUUAGACGGUAAACUAGUCCGUUAAACAGUUAAUUUACUGCCAGAGAAAAACCAUGAAGAGCUUCAUGAUCGUCAUUCCAGAAUCUAAAUCCCAGUUUCAGCUCAGCGAUGACGUUUCUGAGCUCAAGAGUUCUAGAUGAUCUGAACUCGAGGUCGACUUCCUGUCUGCUACUGGAGCUUUGAGCCGAAGCGAAUAAAUAAAACAACUCGAUCUAAAUGACCACCAAACACUCCUCAGAGUUCAUUUUCAUCUGCUCGUUCUCUGUUAAAUCGAUGACAACAAACGCUCACACUAGUUCUAGAUGCUCUCAGUACGUCUUUGUGUUUAUUUUGCGUCUGUUUUUUAUUGUUUCGAGUCACUUCCUGUUUCUGUUUGUGUCGCUUCUCGUCAGUUUUAAUCUCUUUCUGCUCGUUUUGUGUCGUUCGGCUCCAGAAAACCACAAGAAGUCGACCUCGGGUUCGGAUCAGAACUCAUUCCAGACGUACGGCGGGAACGUUUCUCGCUGUUUGUUCGUCGAGGUUUCGUUUAUUCUCGCUGAUCGUUUGACUUUUGUUGGUCUUUACAGCCUGAAACACAAACACAGGAGCAGAGAAACUGAAGGAUUUCAUUUUAUUCUUUGUUCUUCUCACCUUUCAUCAAACUUGUCUUGUUUUAUUUUUACUGUUUUCUCUCGUUUCAUUGGUACAGAACACGUUCUGGUCGUUUCUCUGCCGCUGAAGAUGAACUUUACUAUUAUUAUUAUUAUUAUUAUUAUUAUUUAUGCACACGCUUCUUUGGUUUAACGUUUCAAUGAAAUGUGGUUAUAAUCCUGCACAUGUGCUGCGGCACAACCAUACUUUACAACCACUGUAUAUAUAUAUAUGUGUAUAAAUAUAUAUAUGGAUAGUAUUUAAGUUGUUUUUUUACUUUAUACUCCAACACGUUUCUCUGCUGGUUUCUAUCUCCACUGUUAUCAUCUAUGCAGCGUUUUGAAGUCGACGUAAACUCUUCCAACAAACAAACCGACUCGGAGCUCCAGAACCAGAAGCUCCGACCCGACGCUCGGGUUUCAGGAAAACGAGCCCAAAGCGACGAAACGGGAAGUUUUUGGAGCAUAAAUGCUUCAGAAGUUCGUGUUAAGAUGUAAACUGGGUCAUUCCCGUCACAGAAAUGUUGAUAAAGACAGAAAUCCAGAACAUUUAGACGUUUCUCAACAAACUCUUUGGUUUUUACAUCGUCCCAGAAAGUUAAAUGUUCCUUCAGCAGCACUUUGAAGAUCUUAAAAUACCAGAAAUUUAUAGAUAAAUAAAUAUUAAUAUUCAAACUACAGUGAAAAUAAAUGAACUCCAAGUGAUAUGAAGACCAGAUUUGUCCCCUGAUUGUCCAUCAAACACGACUUUAGAGGUUUUUUUAUAUCAGCGUUUGUCUUUCUGAGGAAAUCUCUGGUUCUGUCCACUGGGUUCCAGGAUUUAAACCUUAAUUGACCUUAACGAGGUUUUAAAGUAGUUUCUCUGUUUAAACACUCAACGAUUGUUGUAAAAAAAAAAUUAAAAAUCAAUUUACAUUUUACAAUUUA